AUGGGGAGAGGAAAAACAGAGAUCAAGAGGAUUGAAAACACAAGGAAUAGUCAAGUAUCCUUCUGCAAGAGGAGAAAUGGCUUAAAGAAGAAAGCCAAUGAACUUUCUAUACUUUAUGAAGCCGAAGUGGCCCUCAUCGUCUUCUGUAGUCGUGGUCGCCUCUUUGAGUACUCAAACAGCAACAUAAGUUCAACCAUAGAGAGGCUAAAACGAAUUUCUGAUAAUAGUGUGACUCCCGACCUAGAUAAAGUCUUCGCUACUUUUUAUUAUCAAGAGGAAUCAGCUAAACUGCGACAACAAAUUCAAAUGUUAGAGACCUCCAACAGGCACCUAUUGGGUGAUUCCUUGAGUACUUUAACAGCUAAGGAGCUAGAAGAACUGAACAAGAAGCUUAAAGGAAGCCUUAAAAGAAUCAGGUCAAAGAAGCAUGAAAUGUUGCAAGCUGAAAUUGAGCAGUUCUAUAGAAGGGGUAGAAUUACAUACCUUAUAUCAUCGGAACACUUACGCAGGGGUUUACAAUCCUCCCCUCCUUAUAAGAAUUUCGUCCUCGAAAUUUAA